GGUUGAUGAAAAUAUUAAAAUAUUACAUUAAGUGAACGCCUACGACUACUAGUCGUCGCUAGGAUCUCGGGGUGGUGGUGGUGGUGGUAGAGUUCUUGGAGGGCAGAGUCGUCGGCGGUGGUGGCGGCGGUGGUAGCAGGUGCUGCAUCGAAGCCGUCGGCUGUGGUUGGCCAUACCGAGCUACAUUGUUGUACGCAUGUGGUUUGGUCGCAUGUCCAGGGUGUGGUUUGUGGGGGUCGGACGCCGCCAUGCACGCCAGCACCGCUUGCAUGUUGCGGUCCAUGGCGGUCAUCUGCGCCUUCAUCGCGUGGAGGUCGGCCUGGAGCGCCGUGACGACGUUGGUGAGGUCGUGUAUCCGAGACGUGAGGAACUCUUCCUGGUCCGUGCCCUUCUUGGGCUUGGGUUUGAUGAUCGGGAGCUCGCCCUGCAUGCCUCGGAUGAACUGCGGGUGGCUGAACUCGUACAUGUGCCCCUGGCGCUUCAUGCGGCGGAAUCCGUACGAGUUGAGCUGCCGCGCAAAGCUCUCAAACUUGAUGGGCUUGAAGUACAGUGGGAUCACCUUGCGCUCGAACGUCGGCACGUCGUACACGGCAAAUGACGUGCCGUUGUCGGUCCACCCCGCGAUGGACGGCGCGCACUUUUCCAGCAUGUUGUACAGCUUCUUCAUGUACAAGCGCGGUUUCUCGAGCACUUGGCGGUCCGCGUCCGUGUCGUUGGUGGACGAUUCCAAGUGGUCGUCGUGGUCGAGUUCUCGGGGACGCUUCAAACCUCCCUGUUGUGGUUGCACUCGCUUGGGACUGCAGCUUUCGAUGUCGGUUCGCGCGCCGUCGGGGCUCUCCUCGGGGUUUGUAAUAACGGCGACUGUCGUAGCUGCAGACGAUGGACGAGGAGUAUGCGAGAGAGAUUGAAGCGAUGGAAGUGUCGGUGUACUUGGCUGAGUCGUCAUCGGUAGACACGGCGGCGUCUGCAUGAUCGCUUUCUUGUCGUCCAUCGGUGACGCCUUGAUGGACGCUUCAAGCGCCAACCGAUCGCGGCUGGCGUAACUAAUGAUCGACACGCUGGCCGGACGAGUCCACUGACUCAACUUACUCACGCGAUCGUAGUAGUAGAGCGUCAGACUCUUCUUGUCCAGGCGUUCUUCCCAGUGGGCGGCACCGUCGCCGUCGACUGCCGGUGCCGGAGACUCGGCAAAGUCUGGUGGCCGUUCCCACACGCUCUCCUUGGUCUUCUUGUUGUAGUAGUACGAUAACCCGUCGAGGUUCUUGUGCUCUGUCCACGUGUGGCCGCCGACGGGACCUCCCGAUGCGGCGGCCGCGCUUGGCUUGGUCGCGUUGUUGUCGUCCAUCUCGGGAAUAUCGGAGAACUUCCUUCGAUAUUGGGUUUGUGUGGAGA